GCGUGUUCCGGACGCCGCCCUUGGAGAGGAGAUGCAGCCCGCAGAUCCGCCGAUUCCGCCGCCGCGGCCGCCGCCGCCGAUGCCCUCCAGGAAGAGGGGAAGGGGGCCCACGAAGGGCGACGACCCGGCCCCGGAUGAAGCAGCACCUCCACGCAAGCCGUCGCCGCCUCUGGGCUCGGGGAGCAGAAGGGCUCGCAACCAUGUUCCUCCACCGCUCGGAGUUGGAGGAGACGGCCGCGAGGAGGGCGUCGACUUCGUCAGCCACCUCCCUGACGCCGUUCUUGGCAUCAUCAUCUCGCUCCUCCCGAGCAAGGACGGCGGUAAGACCAGAACCCUCUCCAAACGGUGGCGCCCUGUACGCACCACGCCGCUCAACCUCGACGCCAGCGAUCUCGCCCCCGGCGCCAACGGGGCGGCGCUGGCCGUCCUCCUCACCCUACUCCUCGCUCAUGCGGGGCCCGUACGCCGCUUCUGCAUCCCCGCGCAGCAGAUCCACGAGCGCCCCGCCAUGGUCGAAGGCUGGCUGACAUCGCCAAGGUUCAACAACCUCGAGGAGCUCGAGUUCACAGAAGACCUCUGCUAUAUGAGACAACUCCUUCCGCUGCCGCCAUCCAUUUUCCGCUUCUCCAACACCCUCCGCGUCGCUGCCUUCAGCCAAUGCCGCGUCCCUGAUUGCACCGACCUGAUGCUCCAGUUCCCCCAUCUCAAGCUGCUCUCAUUACGGCAGGUGAAAAUCUCCGAAACUUCCCUCCAUAGCAUCAUCGCCGGCUGCCCUGCCCUCGAAGGUUUGCUGCUCAGAAAUAGCUACGGAUUCCGAUGCCUCCGGAUCAACUCCCCUACCACUAGAGGCGUCGCCUUCCAUUCUCCCUACUGUUGGAGUCAUGGCGAUGGAGAGGUGUGUUACCACUUGGAAGAUGUUAUCGUCGAAUUUGCUCCAUGUCUUGAAAAGUUGCUCCAUAUAGAACAAUCGGUGGGAUUGGGAGUCCGCGUAUCCGUUGUUGUGGCACCCAAAUUGGAGACAUUGGACGUCCUUGACGAUGUUAAAGACGGCUAUUCCGUACUCGAUUUUGGCACGGUAGUUUUCAAGGGAUUCGAGGUCGUUAACUUCACAACGCCGGUGUCGAGUGUCAAGGUUUUAUCUCUCGUCAUGAAAAAUCUCAGCUUGGACAGGGUUCGAGCUAGGCAAGAGUACUUUGUGGAGGUGCUCGUUUCGAAUUUAAGAGUACUGAUGGAUGUUGUCACUGAGCUGAAGAGCUAUAUUGAUCAUGUUGAAGAUUUAUCUUAA